CUAUCGCAAGCACGAAAGCACGCCUCGUAUCGAGGACGUCUCCGCAGAUGCAAGAGGAUCGAUUGCGAGUGUAAAUUAAAAUCAGAAGCGUAAUAUAGAAGAUCGAGCUCUCUGCGAUGUCGGACGACGAAGAUUUGGUGUACGUGAAGAAACAAAAGAUCGUACAUUAUGGAUCUCUCGAGGAAGCAGAACGUACGCGUCUUGCCGCAGCUGCGGACUGUUCGGAGGAAGAAAAGGAAGCUGCUAAUUCCAAUGACGCGCUCAACGUAUCCUCCUUGGUCGGUAACAUACACAUUUCCAACGAAUACAUGGAAUUGGAAGAUGAAAUGUCUAAAGACAGGCAAGCGUUGUUGGAAGAGUUCGAGCGUAGAAAGAAAGCCAGACAGAUCAACGUGUCCACGGACGAUUCAGAGGUAAAAAAGAAUUUGAGACAGUUGGGCGAGCCUAUAUGUUUGUUCGGCGAAGGUCCGGCCGACAGACGAACCAGAUUAAGAGAGUUAUUGGCGAGUCUUGGGGAAGACGCGAUAAAGAAGAAACACGAGGAGGAGGAAAAGCCCGCUCACGCGGUCGAAAGAGACACCGAAUCUACCUGGUAUCACGAAGGACCGGAAUCUCUUCAAAUAGCUCGUUACUGGAUAGCAACGUUUUCCUUAGCCAGGGCAAAAAUUAGGUUAGAAAAAGCGAGACAGGAUUUCGAAUUGCCAGGUGCUACGCGUACGGCGCGUAGACAAGAACUUUUGAAGAAGCUACAAGCUUUAUCUAUAUAUUGUUCGCAAAUCGGUGACACGAGACCGAUAUCGUUCUGUCAGUUUAGUCCAAAUUCAAAAAUUCUUGCCACAGCCUCGUGGUCUGGCUUAUGCAAAUUAUGGUCCGUACCGGACUGUACUCUCUUACGAACGCUUCAGGGACACACCUGCAACGUUAGCUGCAUCGUUUUUCAUCCAAACGUUUCGCUUUCCGAGGACGUCCUAGGGGAUGGCGCAGGACAGACAUGCGUAUUGGCAUCUUGCGCUUCGGACGGUACGGUUAAAUUAUGGUCCGGCGGUAAAGGCGAAGAACCUUUGGCAGAAGUCGAAGGGCACGAACCUCAUAGAGUUUCGAGGAUAGCCUUCCAUCCGUCCGGGAGAUUUCUCGGAACUUGUUGUUACGAUGCCUCCUGGCGUUUAUGGGACUUGGAACAACAGGCAGAGGUUUUGCAUCAGGAGGGUCAUGCCAGAGCCGUACACUGCAUGAGCUUUCAGUGGGACGGCAGCGUAAAUGCUACCGGGGGUCACGAUUCGUUCGGUAGAGUUUGGGAUUUACGAACGGGUAGAUGCAUUAUGUUCAUGGAAGGUCAUUUAAAAUCUAUCUUUGGGAUCGAUUUUUCACCGAAUGGUUAUCACAUAGCAACGGCGAGCGAGGAUAAUACCUGCAAGAUCUGGGAUCUACGGAAAAGAUCUUGCAUAUACACGAUACCUGCUCAUACUAAUCUGUUAUCCGACGUGAAAUAUCAGAGAGGAGAAGGACAGUAUUUGGUUACAUCCUCGUACGAUAACACGGCCAAGAUUUGGUCGAAUAAGACUUGGCAACCGUUAAAGACCUUGCCAGGGCACGACGGUAAGGUGAUGUGCGUCGAUGUAUCUCCCGAUCAUAAAUUCAUAGCGACUAGCUCGUACGACAGAACAUUUAAGUUAUGGGCACCAGAAAAUAUCUGAGAUAUCUAAGACGGAGAGUACGAUUACUGGACGAGGGAAAGGGAACAAUAAAAAAGCAACCGAAAGAAAGAAAGCAAAAGAAAUCAUUAUUUGUAUUGUGUCGAUAUAUGUAAGUAAUAAAAACGUCUUUACGCGCGUAA